AUGAAUAAAGAGCAACGAUUCCGAUCCGAUAUCGACGUUGCCAGCUUGCCAUGGCCGCCAUCGCCUUUGCGGUGCGAGGGAGAAUCGAUCGGCGACCGAAAGACGACCCUCGCGACACGACCGCGGCGCGCGUUGCCGGCCCGCGCGCGCCAGUCUGUUCUAAACGCUCCUCCGCGUAACCUCAAAAUGUUCAACGAAAAGCUAGACUUGAAACUCAUCGGCUUAGUCAGGGACAAUACCGUGCUCUAUGACCACAACAACCCUCAGUAUAUGGACUUUAAUGCCAGAGAAGUCGUCUGGCAGAAGAUAGGCGAUGAACUGAAACGACCCGCGGCCGUGUGUAAGGCGAGGUGGAUCAACAUCAGAGACAUUAAUCGGCGCAUAUUGAGGAAAACACUAAGCAGCUCCGGUAAGCGAGUGAAGCUGUAUAAGUACGAAAGCGACCUUGCUUUCAUGAGACCGUUUUACAGGGAUAUUUUGAUACAGAACGGAGAGUUUUCCUGGGAUGAAAAGAAUCAAAGGGACUGUGAUGUGGAUGACGACGUCCCAGAUAUCCCUGAUGUUAAUUUUAGCGAUUCCAAUGACGAAAAGCCAAUAAAGGCGAAAGGUAAGAAGUCAGGUAUUAAGAAAAAGCGAAAGAAGAGGAAAUAUGAAGAGGUUGAGGAGGAGAAUCCUGCUGCAAGCGUUGGGGAGCCGAGUACGACUGGCCUUUCGGAAUUUGACCCCUGUGACCCGGUGGACUCCUUCCUCCUCAGUAUUGGCGCCACGCUGAAAACAUUUUCUCCGUAUCACCUAAACGUUGCUAAGAGUAAGAUAUUCGCGGUUGUGCAGGAACACGAUUUGCAACAGAUUGUGCAAAAGAAACAAGAUAUGGAAGAUAAAGCGCCAUUGAAUAUGAUCUAAUUAAAAGUUUUGAAUAAGUUUACUUUAGACACUUUAGUGGAACUUAAAUCUUGUGCGUGUAUGAAGAUGUGAUGUGAUUUGCCAUAGUGAUUUAAUUUUAAAAAGACUUUGAAAUUAUUAAA